GCUUGCUGGCUGGACUGAACAAUAUGAAAGCUCUUUGUGCCACUCUGGUCAUGUUGUGACCAUUGCUUUGAGCUUGUCUUGCUAAUUGAAAGGCUUUCAUACAAAAUAGCCCUUACCGUUCUUACUCUACGCUGGAAAGACUUGAUGGGUGCGGUCUGCUCGCUCGGCCUACUCUCCUCUCCCUCCAAACUUGCCCUCCGCUCUCCGAUGCGACUUUCCGCUCGACCCCACGGACUAAGGCGUCCGUUGCAGCAUUACGGUUUAUUUUGUGGGCUUUGAGUCGCGGGAAAGAAACGCACCAUCCAUUCCCUACCAGCCUAUAUCCAAUCUUUUCGUUAAGGAGGAGAGGGUCCGGGAUGGUUCGUUCACCCGACGAGAAACCACCCCGCCCACCUAAAUUACUUUCAACUCUCGAAGACGAACGAAGAUUAUUUCCUAGCAAUUCCCGACUGAAUGAUCCCAAUGGAGUACGCAUAAUUCCCGGACAAAUCAUGCCGAAGAGGAAGAAGAUUGGGGAAUCCCCUUUCAAGGUCGUGGAUCGGAUAUCAGGCAAGGCUCGACAAAGUGGACCCGUCCGUGCAAGCAAGAAGGAAACCCGCCCCCAUGAUCCCUUCAUACAAGAAAGGCCUGCCAAACGUUCCCGUCACCGCGCCCCGGAGCCCUCGAAUGGCAAGCUUCUCAGCCUCGUCGAUAAGGACGCAGACGCGCAAUCCGCGCUGACUACAUCUCCCACUGCCACACACGCGUCACGUAUGUCUCCCACCUCGAGCCAACGAUCAGGAAAGACGAAGAGAAAGCGGAAUAACUUAUUUCCCCUGGAAGAAUUUUGCGACAUCGAGAGCUAUAUCAAACCCCCGCUGCAGCACAAGAAAGGUCCUAAGCACGGCAAGAAGCAGUCCGUCCCGACAAUGCCCGACGAUGACCACGAGGAACGGUUUACGAGGAAUACGGCAAAAGACAGGCGUCGUCGAGCUUCCUCGGAGGACGAUGGCAACUCUUGGAAGACAGGCGGGGCGGAUCGUCCGUCCAAACCUCAAGUACUCCAAGGUGUGGAGAUCACGUCCUCAAAGGAUCAUCAUGUUGGCAACCACGCGGUGGUUAUUUCGCCCAGACGAAACAACAUGACUUCUCCUACGAUGACAAGAGGUCAUUCUGAGUCACCGGAGAGCCCUGACGAAUUGCAAGUUACAGACCAGAAGCGCCGGAGUAAGGAAAUGAUGAAGAAGGGUGAGAAUGAAAAGCCGUUCUCCCCCGUCAGAGAACAGCGACGAUCAUCCCCGGCCGAUAUCCAGCCCACUGUCUUUACGCCAUCCAAAACUAAGCGCGGAUUGAAGGCGAAGAAACAAAAAGCCACUGCUAAUCCAGUGGCUCUCAGUCCAUCAUCAUUUGGAGUUGUCUAUGCCCGUUUUGGGUUGAUUGAGCAGCAGGCGCCUCAUGGCAAGGAGGUUGAGCUUGUGCUGGACAGUGUGCGCGGGGGCAUCUUGCUGCGCAACAAGACGGACCCGGCAGGUUGCUUCGAUUUACCCUUGCAUAAAGUCACCAAAGCCAUCGAGGGAGCUCCCCCGAGUUGUAAGGUCAGACUUGUUUUGUCUAAGAUGGAAGGGUCCGAUCAGAAGAUUGAUCUAGAAUUGUCUUCAGUCGAAGAGAGAGAGCAGUUCUGCAAUGGACUAAAGAGACAGAAUAUCGACCCAGUACAGCGGCCAGUGGACUGGAUGGAGAGAGCCUUUCGUACUCACGAUAGGGAAUUAAAGCACCAUCCCAAUGGGCUUAAAAGACCGUCGGCUGUCAGUCCGGAGAAAGGGGCUGAGAAGAAGCCCGCGUCAUCGCCGGUCAAAAGAAUGCGCCUGGCAGACUCGCUGCGAGACGAAAAAGGAAACCCCACAGUCACCGCCCCCCGGGAAUCUGCCCGCCCCUCCAAUUCUGCAGCCAAGUCCUCCCCAUCUUCACCCGACGUCAGCCCUCGUGCAUCCAAACUAUCCUCCGGUCUCAGUGUGCAGAUCCCAGUCAAACUCUAUACUCCCCACUCGUAUCCUGUGUCCGAUCGCCAGACUAGAGCCAUGUUGCGUCGUCGUCCAUCAACCACUAUUUUAAGUGAUGAUGAUGAAGAGGAUCUUUCUACUCAGUCACAGUCGGAUGGCCCUGUGAAAAAAUGGCAUAAACCUCUUGUGUACCCACGAUUCGGAAAGAAAAAGGCCGAGGUCAAUAUGCAUGAUCGCGACCGACUCCGCCGAAACGAUGAGUUUUUGAACGACAAUCUCAUCGAGUUCUACAUUCGUUUCCUGCAAGAACACCUCAAUCGGACGCGCGAAGAGGUGUCUAAAAGAGUAUAUUUCUUCAACUCAUUCUUCUUUGACACCCUUGUGAAUGUGCCGCGAGGAAAGAAGGGCAUCAACUAUGACGGCGUGCAGAAGUGGACAAGAAACGUCGACAUUUUCAGCCACGACUAUGUUGUAGUGCCCAUUAACGAACAUGCACAUUGGUAUCUUGCAAUUAUCUGCAAUUUGCCAAACCUGCAGGACCUCGCCGAGUCGCAGGUCGUGGAUGAGCCACUGGCCAGCAUGGUGCAGUCCUCAGCUCUGUUGGAUAGCCAGGUCCAAGAGAUACUAGAAACUCCUCCGCCCGAGGUUCGCCGUGUUAGCGAGGGGCCUUUGACAUCAAGCGGCGCAGAGCCUGCGCAAGAAGAACAGACUCGUCACUCACUGGCUUCGAUGAGUCUGGCUGACGAGCCACCCGAAGAUGCUUCCAAGGUGGGAACUCCGGCGGACGAGUGGCCCGAACGCGAGGAAAUACCGUCUAAUCCGGCGCAGAUCUUCCCUCAAGCCAGAGUGGAGCUAUCGUCAUCGCAAGGAAUGGCUUCCCAGGACCCCGCCAGGCCAACGGAGUCUGCAAAGUCACCGCGAAAACAAUCGACAAAGCGGACGAGUAAAAUUGACGUCACUCAGCCCACCAUCGUCACAUUCGACUCUUUGGGCAUCGCCCGCAGCCCUACCUCCAGAAUAUUACGCGAAUACCUGUACGAGGAGGCAAAAUUUAAGAAAGGCGUCGAGAUCGAUGCCAAGUCCAUCCGCGGGAUGACGGCUCAGAAAAUUCCGCUGCAGCCCAAUUUUUCCGACUGCGGGUUGUACCUUCUAGCGUACCUGGAGAAAUUUGUUCAAGACCCGGACAUGUUCAUCCGCAAGAUACUCCAGAAGGAAGACGUUGAAUGGCCGCCGCUCAAGUCCGGACAUCUUCGCAAACGGCUGCGCAAGUUCCUCGACGCGUUGUAUGAUGAACAGGAGCAGUUGAGUCGGCAGGAAACGAGUGCGAAGGAGACGAUGGCGGAUCGCCAGCCGAUCUGUUAUCUGUUAGGAUCGCCUAUCUCAUCACCGGCAGCGCACCGAGAGGAAAAGGCGGUGGAAUCGCCAAAGAAAGCUCCUCGGGAUCAGCAUCUGAAGUCGCCGUUCAAAGCGCCUGAAUCACAGCCUUCACAACCCGAUCCACAUUCGCCAUCUAAAGCCCCUGAGAUCCAACCGCCGCCGAAGGGUGGCAUUGAGGCCAGCGAACUCAAGGACGAAGCGGACGCUUGCGCAAAGGAGAAUGAAGAUCGGGAUGAGAUAGACGAGGUCCGUUUGGUGGCCUCCACGCACGAUGAGAAAGAGCCCUCUAGUUCGCACACGGGACCUGGAGAAAUGGCUUGUCGGAGUCAUCCUCCUGAAGAAGUAAUCGAGGUUCCAGACAGCCAAGAGCCGACUGCAUCUUCGUUGAUGGUCAAGCCGGAGUCUGCUCGACCAGACACGCCCAUCUCAUCUCCGUCCGAAGUCAAGUCGGAGGCCAACAAGCCGUAUACGCCGCUGCACUUGUCCGUAUUGGCCCUCGACGCCGAAAGCAAGGCACACAAGAAGGGCAGCGGAGAUGUGGCAGACCUACCUGAAACCCAAGUCCCAGGGACUCCUUCGAAGCCAUCAAUGGUCAAGGAUAGUCCCACCAAGCAUCGUUAGGACUGCAGAUAGUUGCCCCUUAUCUUGCAUUGUCUUUGCGUUGUCUUACAGGUGUUUUAAAGGUGUCUUUUUUGUUUCUUUCUUACUUUUGACAUUGCAUUUCCAACUCGCUGGCGUUCAGGACAUUGUGGGAUGCACUUAGCCGUAGCAUAGAUACCAGAUACCAAGCUUCCUUGCAUUUGUAGGCGAUGAUUAUGGGGGGUAGGGUGUUUGUGAGGGGUCUUCGUUCCAACUAGAAGAUCGCUUAGAGUUCGUUGUGAUUGUACGGAAUUAUGGCAAUAAUCUCGAAGAAAGAUAUACGAGUUCAAAUUUCACCACCUUUUU